AGUGGUACUGGCGCCUGCAUGGAAAUUUCUUUGGUGGUUUCUGCUUAUUUCCUUGGGAGUAGAGUUUCUAGAUGACAAGAUAAUUGAACUCGGUUUUAGGAAAUCUGUUGCUUCCACGAGGAUUACCAUGAAAGUCCGACAUUAAUAUGGGUGCUUCCUCUUAAUUUCAGCUAGUCAGUGUGAACGUUUCUAUUACUCUCUCUGUCUCUCUCUCUGUCUCUUUCUCUAACAUUAAUGAGUUAGCUGUUUAUAUAUGGAUACAGUUGCCUCUGUAUCUCUCUAUCCUAGAACGACAAGACUUUCACAAAGUCUCUACCCGGUGUUUGGUCCUGUUAACAUUUGUCCUGCUACCAGUUGCCUUUUUUCAUUGGCUUUGUUUAUUGUGUAUGAGUUGCUCCUCAGAAAACUGAUGAAAUCGAGAUGCAUCAAUGAGGUCAAUGUGCAGUUUGUGAAAGAAUUAGAGCGUCUCUAAGAGAUUAAGGCCUCUGCUUGGUAGAAGAAAAAUUUCAAAUUUUUUAAGCAGUACUGGCAAGUUGAGACGUUAAUAUGGGAGCCAAAUCAUCCAGACAUGACAGUCAACGCUACAGUUACAGCCAUGAUGGUUCAUAUCGAUAUGCUUCUUCAAAUCUCGGCUCUUCAUCAAAUUUCGGUUCCUCAUCAAAUCUCGGCUCUUCACCAUCUCCUUAUCCUUAUGCUAUAAAUAAUUUUGAUUAUGAUGCAAGGAGCAGAAUGCAGUCAAAGUACGGGAGAAUUGGUGACAACUACAACUCAUUGGAACAGGUGACGGAAGCUCUUCACCAAGCUGGUCUCGAAUCUUCCAAUCUUAUUGUAGGUAUUGAUUUCACAAAAAGCAAUGAGUGGACAGGUGCACGAUCUUUCCACCAUAGGAGCCUGCAUCACCUCGGAGAUUUGCCAAAUCCUUAUGAACAGGCAAUAUCAAUCAUUGGAAGGACACUAUCAGCUUUUGAUGAGGAUAACCUUAUUCCUUGUUAUGGCUUUGGUGAUGCAACUACACAUGAUCAAGACGUUUUUAGCUUUUAUGAGGAUAGGCCAUGUAAGGGCUUUGAGGAUGUACUUGCUCGUUACAGAGAAAUAGUUCCACAUGUACAUUUAUCUGGUCCGACAUCUUUUGCUCCAAUCAUUGAAACUGCUAUAGGAAUAGUUGACGCGAGCUGCGGUCGGUAUCAUGUUCUUAUGAUCAUUGCUGAUGGACAGGUUCUGGCUAAUGGUCCUCAAGAGCGAAGUACCAUUGAUGCAAUUGUAAAGGCAAGUAACUAUCCUUUGUCCAUAGUUUUGGUUGGAGUUGGUGAUGGACCAUGGGACAUGAUGCACCAGUUCGAUGACAACAUUCCAUCUCGGGCUUUUGAUAAUUUCCAGUUUGUAAAUUUUACCGAAAUCAUGUCGAAAUACAUUCAACCAUCCAUGAAGGAGACUGUGUUUGCUCUGAAUGCACUAAUGGAGAUACCAUUACAGUAUAAAGCUACAGUGGACCUCCACCUUCUGGGCUCUCAAAGAGGAACACUUGGGAAGUUUCCCCUCCCUCCUCCAGUUGGGAGCAUUUCAGUGAGUUCUUAUGCUAAGUAUAUACCAUCAAGCAGCAAUGAUCACGGAAAUAGAUAUAUGCAGUCAAGCAUCAGUGACCAAGGAGAUGAAUUUCAGUAUGCGCUGUCUUCAUAUGAACAACAAUCCUCACAUGAUAGGAGUUGUCCAGUGUGUUUGUGGAGUAAGAAAGAUCUUGCAUUGGGAUGUGGACAUCAGACAUGCUGUGAUUGUGGAAGUGGUUUAACCUUGUGCCCAAUUUGUCGAACCCACAUAACCACAAGGAUAAAGCUGUAUGAGUAGUGAAUCCGACUGAGAAGCCAUAUCCGCGGCCAUAUUGAAGGAAGCUUGUUAGGCUCUCUCAGUUAUAUCACAGUUGCUACACUUUAGCUGUAUUUAAGGAACCAAAGGUCAUAUGAUUCUGAUUUCUUUGGGUUAAUGUGUGCUUAAAAAGUUUUUCUGCUCACCCACAAAGAAAAAAAAAAGUUCUUGUAAUUUCCCUUUAAUUGAAUCAGAAAAUAUGCCUAUAGCAAGCACUCAAAACUUUACUAAAUAAUAUGACAAGCAAAUUGAAACA